CUAUAUAUAAGUGCUGCAAUUUGCUUAAGUUCUUAAACAAGAUAAACAAAUUACAAAUUCUAAAAUGGCUAUCAAUCUAGUUAUUGCCAUUGUGCUUCUGCCUCUGUUGUCGUUCUUGCUCUACUUCUGUAAGUGCAGACGCAAUGCCUUGUUAACUGAUUGGCCCCUGGUCGGCAUGAUGCCUGGCCUGUUUAUGAAUGUUCAUGACAUACACAACUUUGCUGCAUACGUUCUCCAAAGAAGCAACCUGACCUUCCAAUUCAAAGGGCCUUCUCUAGCCAACUUGAAUUUGCUCUGUACUUGUGAUCCUGCUAACAUCAACUACAUCUUGAGCAAGAAUUUCACAAAUUAUCCCAAAGGCCCCGAGUUUGCCAAGAUUUUUGAUAUACUUGGAGAUGGGAUCUUUAGUGCAGAAGGUCAUAUCUGGGAAGUCAGUCGCAGUACCACCAUGACCAUCUUCACUCAUGCAAAAUUUCAUCAUACAGUACUCGAGGCUGCAAGGCAAAAACUGGAGAUUGGGUUAGUUCCACUGUUUGAUCACGCGUCCAAACAUGGAAUUGAGUUGGAUCUACUUGACAUAUUUCAAAGACUUAAUUUUGAUAAUAUUUGUUCCUUGCUUUUAGACCAUGACCCUCAAACCCUCUCGGUUGAUUUGCCUUACCAUUUUUUCCACCGCGGUCUCAUGGAUGUUCAAGAGGCUUUGAUGUAUAGACAUAUACUUCCUGAAAGCAUUUGGAAGCUGCAAAGUCUGAUGGGAUUCGGUAAGGAAAAGAAAUAUAGCAAAGCCUGGAAAAAAAUUGAUGAAUUCAUGUAUAGAUGUAUAUCACUGAAGCGCCAACAAGUGGCAUCCAAAGUCUCUGAGCACAUGUCUGUAGCAGAUGAGGAUGAUAAACUAGACAUUGCAGCUGCUUUCUUGAAAUUCGCGGACAAGGAAAAGCCAGAAAACCCUGAUAAACUUAUGAGGGACACAAUGCUUAGUUUAAUUCUUGGUGGGAGAGACUCAUCAAGUGCAGGUCUAGCUUGGUUUUUUUGGCUUCUUUCAAAGAACCCCCUAGCAGAAUCCAAGAUUCUGGAAGAGAUCAACAAAAAUUUGCAACCGAAAGAAGUUAAAAGUUUGGUGCCUUUUAACAACAGGGAAGAUUUGCAGAAGCUGGUUUAUCUGCAUGGAGCUUUAUGUGAGGCUUUAAGACUCUACCCUUCAAUCCCUUUUAAUCACAAGUCUCCGACACAACCAGACAUUCUUCCAAGUGGCCAUCGCGUGGAGAAAGACUCUAAAAUCGUGUUGUCAUUUUACGCCAUGGCCAGAAUGGAGAGUAUAUGGGGAAAAGAUUGCUUGGAGUUCAAGCCCGAGAGAUGGUUAAACAAACAAGGAGGCAUUCUAAGUGAGCCUUCAUACAAAUUCACUGCUUUUAAUUCCGGGCCAAGACUUUGUGUAGGCAAGGACAUGGCCCUCACUCAGAUGAAGAUCUUUGCAGCAACCAUCAUACAUGGUUACAGCAUCAAGGUGGUCGAAGAUCAUCCCAUAGUCCAAAGUGAUUCCAUCAUUCUGGACAUGAAAUAUGGCUUAAAGGUCACAGUAGCUAAAAGAAGUGCAUGCUUGGCUGCUUCUGCAGAAUGAAGCUUUCGUGUUCUAGGAAUCACACUCACAACCUUUUCAUCUCUUUCCAGUAUAUUGCUACGUUUGUAUUCCAGUCCAGUUGCCUUAUUGGUGCUUAUUCUAAGAAGUGUGAGAAUAAACCUCUAUUAUCAUCUA